AUGGCACCUCCCACCAGUGGUAUGAUAACCAACGAAAACAACAACGAUGACGUCGUCGAGGUCGACAACAACGCCAACCCCGGGGAAAAUGCUCCAUUGCCAGCACCUUUUUCAGAAGUCGACGGCACCCUGAUGCCGCUGGCCAACUUGCAGCGAAUCAUGCAGAAGGUACUUCCGGCAGAUGCAAAAAUACCCCUCGAGUCUAAAGAGCUGAUCCAGCAAUGUGUCAAUGCGUUCAUCGGGAUGAUCACUCGGGAGGCCAAUGACUGGUGCAAGAGGGAGCACCGAAAAACUAUCCAAUCUGAAGACCUACUUUACGCGAUGAAAAAGCUAGGGUUCCAUGAUUACGUGGAACCCUUGAUGGAUUAUCUCCAACGUUACAGGGAGUUUAAUAAUCACGGGGGAUCACUGCCAUCCUUUUCUUCUUCCUCUUCAUCAGCGGCUGCUGUUGAGAAUCCGGCAGCGAGUGGUUUUGCCCCCAGCUGGACAAUGGGGCCCAUUGGCAGUGGACCUUUUGGAGAGAUGCAACAAAUCCCUGGUUUUCAGCAGGUGGGGCCCUCUUACCCACCGCCUGCUCCUGGAUUAUUUGGCGGUACUGGAGCUCCGAGUUUUCCAGAAGGAGUUACAGAAUUCCCUUUCUUUAAUUAUAAUCAGUAUAAUGGUGGGGCAGGUCAGUAUCCCACCGGUGAGCCGGGUCAAGGAAGUAGUGGAGACAAUGUGGAGCCUGACUUUGGGGGUUUCAGUGGGUAG